GUGUGGUAACAGCCACCUAAGAACUCUGUGCUUGCCUUUUCUUUUUCUUUUUUUUUAAUGCCGGUUAAGGUUUCUAUUCUACUUUCCUCCCGGGCUUCAAAAUGAAACUGUUACUGCUUAGUUUCACUUUCACCUUUCCCACUACUCUUCCUCGGUAGCAAAAGUUUACGAGCGAAAAGCACAUCUGGGCAACAUAUUGGCUCCUACGGACCGCUUGAUGUCCAUGCCUGACCAUAGACUCAGUUUUUUUGGGAGACGCUGUAGCCUUUACAUCCCCCAAUAUGUUUUUUCUUCUUUUUUUUUUUUUUCUUAAUUAAAUCACCAGCUUCCCCUUUAAACGGUAAGCUAAUGAUAUGUAACUCAGCAUCAAGUUUGCACACCCGCAUAGUAAUGAAUUACAAGUUUCAAUUCUGAAAACACGUUUACAGUUUUUGCACAGCUGAGUAACUCCACUGAUGUUUACUAAGGCUGCUCCACAUGCAUUUAUGUCUGAAGCUGCACAGGUGAAUGUUCACAGGCUCACAGCUUGGGCAAAUGACCAUAUUCUUUCACCUUACUCUUCAGGAUCCUUAAAAGCCUGAUAAGUUUUUACCUCCCUUGCAGUAAAAUCAAAGCUGAAGGUUGUUAGGAAGCAGAUAGAGAGUUUGGUUAAGUGCCCAAAUGUUUAUUUACAUUUCAUGGUGCGUUGAUGAGGUUCUAAUAGGAAAUAGGCUGCUUUGCUGCAUACAGUAAAGUACUGGUUAGAAUAAAGGCAAAAAAUACUUUUGCUGCAAUUCCUCCCUGAAUACUCAAGAGCACAGCUGUCUUACAAUACUAUGUCUCUUCUUUUGUUGUUGUUGUUUUCUGCCUUUUUACCUUGCUGCUCACUCGAUAACCAGUACAGUAAAUCUACCAGCCUGUGGCUACGGAUACAGUUACUAUAGUAACAUUUAUAAACACUAAUUUCACUACACAUGCAGAACUGCCUGCUACCGCAGAGAAGCAGCUUGGAAAGAAAUCACUCUUUAACUGCAAAUAGGUCUAGAGGUGGGAGUGUUCCCAAGUCCUGAAGGCAGGCUCUGCCCCCGGCAUGCUCCUGUGACUCACCAGGUUCAUCUUUAUCUCUUCCCACACCUUUCAUAACAAGACUUCCUUGAAGCUGCAUCAUUGCUUCUGGGGAUAUAAAUGACAUGGGAGGAAAAAUCUAAGGACAAAACAAACCCACUGGAUUUUGAACUUGCCAGAGAUGAGGAAGAUCACCUGGAGAAAGUCACAACUGCACCCGAGAACCAUGAUUCCAAGCUCAUUUCAAUUUUUUGCUCUGUGUGUCAACAAACAAUACAUCCAUACCACCUUCUUUGUCAUAAAAAAACCCACAAAGCCCUAACUUUGCUGGGCUUUGACAGCCCACAAACACUGACUGACAACAAAACACUUUUGGCUCAGAGACAGAAACAAAUUUCAAAAUUGACCACGAUUCCUAAAUAUUCUGAGACACAUAGGCAGAAGAUCAAUUAUUCGUUUGAAUUCCUUAGGGACAACCACACAUCUACAUCAUACUGUGAUCUUGCUAAUAUUAACAAUCCUAGUACUUUUAAGAAAGUAAAUAAUUCUUUAAUAAAAGCAUUAUCAAUUUGCCAAGAUAAAAAUUCCACAUGGAAGGGAGACAUGGAAGACAGAUUUAUUGUGCUCGACAACUAUGGGAAUAGGUCAGAUACGUGUUUUCUGGGCUUAGUUGAUGGCUCUCAUGGCGCAUCAGCUGCAGAAACAGUUGCAGCAGAACUUCCACUUUUAUUUCUUGACCAGCUUGCUCAAACGGAUUCCUCCUACAAGAAGAGUAAGGACGAACAGCAAAUUCUAGAUUCUUUUGCCACAGUAAUCAAGGCAGAUUACAGGGAAAAAGAGAAGAUUUUCUCUGAUAAACCAGGCAAUGACGAGACCAACAAGACCAAUACUUACGAAUGGAUUCACAAAGCAUAUGCCAAGUCCUUCUGGAGAAUGGAUAGACUUUUACGACUGGGAAGGAACGAGGUUUCCAAAGUUCGCUGGAGUGGCUGUUCAGCGGUUACCUGUUUGGUGGAAAGAAUCCCCGGCGAAGAGACAGGCUGCACUGAGGAAGAAGAAAGAAACCAUUCUGAAAACACCACACAUAGUCUGUUAGCCAGGACAGCCAAGGGUGUUGCUGGGUUACUGCACGUUGCUAAUAUAGGUAAUGCACAUGCAGUCUUAUGUAAAAAUGGCAAGAGUCACUGCCUCUCAAAAGAGCACAGCACUUCUAACGUAAGUGAGAGAAAACGCAUACUUCAGAAUGGUGGAAAAAUCAGCACUAAUGAACCAGAUGGAUUAGUAGAAGGGUACCUGAGAACUACAAGGGGUCUUGGACAUCACGGAGAUCCAGUAUUGAAACGAUCUGUUAUACCUGUACCUCAUACUAUAUCUGUCCCUAUCGACAAUACUUGUCAGUUUCUUAUUUUAGCAUCGAAUGGGCUUUGGGAGGUUUUGGAUUACAAUGAAGUACUUGCAUUAACUCUGACAACAUUCACUCAUUAUUUGAGAAUGUAUGAAUGCAUUCAACACAAUGGGACUUCUCCGUGUAAGUGUCAGUAUUUGAUGCCCCUCACUGAAGACAACUUAAAUGACUCGGAGGCUAUUAAUAAUCUGAAAGAUGGAGUAGAGAUACUGUAUUCCAAUAAAGACAUUUUUCUCACUGACUCAAAAGGCAACCUGAAACAAAAGAAGCCAAAAUGUUCUAGGAGGAACUAUUUUCAAGGUGAAGAUGGAGUUCCUAAGGAAAGUGAUGACCACAAAACCCAGGCUUAUCCAGAACUGUCUCUUUUCAGUAACAAUGAAGUAAAUUCACAGAGCAGAGAAAUAAAACAGUCAGAUUCUAGCACACAAGGUGGCUCUGAAGAACUGAAACAGUUUGAGGACAGAAAAGUUUAUCUACCUAACAGUUCUCAGCCACAGUCACAGACUGCAGAGCAAGAAGAAACAGACACUAACACUUUCUGUGUGACAGGUCCAAGCUGCACCCAUAAACAGCUGCAAGAGAAUGUACUGGCUAAAGACAUGGAACAGCCCCCCAAAAAUACAAGAGCAUGCCUUCCUAAUUAUGACUCUGGUCCACAACUGGCAGAAAAAGUGGACUACAAGGUAUUCUGUGAUAAACCUGCAAGUUAUACUGGCCAAGAACUGCUAAAGACUGCAUCACCAGUGGGUUCCAAGCCACAACCACAGUUUGAAGAGGACACAAAAACGUACCCAUCCAAUUGCAAAUCACAAACUGCAGGAAGAGGCAGAGCCAUCUCUGAGACACUCUACGACAAUGCAGCAAGCUACAUUAGUGAACAACUGGUAAAGACUGCGUUAGCUGCAGGUUCAAGAGACGAUAUUACUAUUCUGGUUGUACUUCUAAAUGGAUGUGAUAAGAUACCCAAUUACCUCAACAUUUAAAAACUGAUCAUAGGAUAACUGGAGUGCCACAGUACAAGCUUUUAUGUUCAGCCCGUGACAUGAAUUUACUUGUAGUCAUCUUGAAUGCUGACCGAUACAGUAAAUCAGACAUCUUGUCUGGAACUGUGCAAAUGCAAUAAAACCUUCUGAAACUCUCAAUAAGAAACAGUAAUCAAACCCCCUUUUUUUUUUAAACCACUUUAUUCAAACCUGAGCACCUCAAUAUAAAACUAAACACUGGUGAACUGUCAUUUUCCUUGCUAAAUCCAGAUUACUGCAAAUUUAAAAUCUGCACAAGUAAGUUUCUGCUAUCAGUUCAACAUUUAAAUAGACUAAUUCAUCUCUUCUGACACACUUGGUAGAUUUCAUAUAAUGAAAAUAACUAAAAGAAUUAGUGCAAUAUACUGGACAGAUCAAAAUAAAAUGUACUUUGGAAAACAAAGUUGCAAAGUUCAUUACUGACAGACAGCAGUGCUUAUGUUACAGAUACAGGAGCAUCAUUUAUUACUGUUCUAGCCAUAAAGGAAGAACUCAGAACCCCCUUUGAUUAGAGAGGAAAAAAGUUAGCUUUAAGUAACUGUACAUUCUGUAUACCUUUAAGCAACUCUUAAAUAUUACAGAAAGUAUUAAACAAAUGUAGACUACAAUGCAGAGUACCUAUUUACAGUACAUCAAUAUCCAAAUUUAAAAUCAAGUUGGAUGUACAUAAUCUUUAGUGCACUAUUUUUUUCCUUAAGGGAAAAACAGAAACUGUAAUGGCCAGCAAUGAUCAAAACCAAGAAAGAAGUCACAGACACCGAGUUUGUUGUGGUUUUACUUGAAAAGCUCUUACAGUUUGUAGAGGAAAAAAAAAAUCCUAAGUAAUAAAGUUGAAUUUACUGGUCUGUACCCUCUGAACAGAUUAGAAAUGAAGUUAAACUUGAUUUAUCACUAAUUCCUUUAGAAAACUAACUGGGUUGAUAUAAUUUACAUACAGUGUACCAACUAAAACUCCACUUUCCUGCAAGCAUAGGGUUCUUAAAAUUGUUAAUGCAAGUAUUAUUUGUAAUUAAAUUAUUAAACUAUGGAAUGUAUAACUAAACAGCAGAUAUCUGCAGAAACAACCAGUUGCAUCAAUACUGUGAAUAAGUUUGAGUAAUUUUUAGACCCUGUUUCUAAAGAGGUUUUAAAGCAUAACUGAGAAUUAUGAAAGUCCCAAUUCUAUUUAUUAUAACAGUAAUCAGUAUUGAGGCUACAGGAACUGGCCAAUUAGGUCCACGGAAAGUAGUUCUUCUACACCCCUAAUGGUAAGUGAUUUUUAAAACCUUUCAACUGAAGGAAGUUUAUUCCUCUUCCAUCUCUCCUCUAUUGCUGAAAUAUUACUGCCAGUGGUGGAUACAUGCAUGUUAAAAUCUUAGGUCAAAAAAA